UGUUAUGGAAUUUAAGAUAUGAAAAAUAAAUAAAUAAUCUAUACACAUGAACUGUGAAAAAUCCUUGCAUGAAUAGCAAAUUUCGCGCCCGAUUUCAAUCAAUCAAUACAACAGAAUUGCAAUAAUCAACAAAAUCCAAAUAUUCUUUAUUUAUUUUGAACAUUUGCUUUCGUUUUGCAAUUAGGCAUUUGACAUUCCUUUGAAAUAACAAGAAUGAAGAACCUAGAGGAUAAAUAUAAAUAUUUUCUACAGGUUUUCAUGUGGAAGAAGAUAUGUGGUAAUGAUGAAGUUUGGAAUUUAAUUCGGAAAUGUCAAAGAAUAAGCAAUGAUGAUUCCAGUAGACCAGAAACACCUGAACCUGAAGAUUUAGUACAAUUCAUCAAGGAGAUUAAUCUAGCAUUGAAACCUCUAAAUAUCGCAAUCAAAUCUAUGAGAGAUGAAUUAAGUACAGAAAUGUUCUACAUUCUCAUUAAUGAAAAUAAUAACAAUAUAUCUCGGUUAGCAUCAGAUUACAAGAUGCAAGAGCUGGAAGUAUUUAAAGGCCUUGCGAUUUCUAUUGUCAAAUCGGAAGACGGGAAAAUUUCCUCUACAGAUGCUCUAAAUUUAGAAAUUGAUAUUAAAAUUUCAAAGAGAGAAGUCAAUGAUAUGCUACAAAUGUUUGUAGUAGAUGGCUGGUUAUGUGAAAAAGACGGAUACUACUUUUUCAGUACUAGAGCUAUAGCUGAGCUGCAGCAUUUUUUCAGAGAAAAUUAUAUGGAUAAUAUCUCUAUAUGUUAUCAAUGCAAAAACAUUGUAUUUCAGGGACCAGUAUGUCAAAACUGUGAUAUAAAAUUGCAUAAUUACUGCAUGAAACGUACUGGUAUCAAGUUGUGUCCAUCAUGCAGGAAAGAUUUUUAUGUUUCUUGAACAAUAUUUAUUUGUAUAGAUUUUACAUGUAUAAUAAAUAUUUAU